AAUUAAAUGCAAUAUAUUCUAAAUUCCAUGAUAAUUUUAUCUCAUGGUCUACCUUUUCUUAAAAUAACGCCGGUUUUCUCCCCCACGAAGUCAACUCUGACCCUAAUGACGUUUUUGAUGCAUCCUCCAAUGGAAAAUCUAUUGAACGGUAUGAGAACAGAGAGUUUACGAUGUUAUUAAUAUUUUUACUGGAUCUUUACACCUAAAAGAUUUUCACUGUCUUCUUCGAGUGUAUAAUAUGUAAACAAAAAAUCGUAUACCAGUAGCAGUGAAGUGUAAACACUAGCAAAUAUACAUCCGUCUUAACCAGGCUACGCUAUGAAUAGGAUUUUACCUUCUCACUAUAGUAAACAUUAACAUGUGGAAACGCUGUCAAUAUUCAAUUGUGCGUAUAGGUCAAUACAAUUACAUAUACUAUGUGGAAAUAAAUAGCAGUUACCUUUGCCGUUGAGAUUUAGUACUAAUGCGUGUUGGGAGCUUUAACUUAAUACAUUUUACAAGGCUUUUUCGUAAUAACAAUACGAGGUCAGUCAUCUAAUAUUUUACGUGCAUUCAUUUGAAUUUUAUUACUGUUAUGAGGCUUAGAUGAUCGUAAUCCGACCAGGAAUCCAUUCAAGCUGGAUUCGUACAGAAGUUCUAUUAACUCAAGACGUUCACCGCGGACUUCGGCCGUGUCGUACAAGCGGGGUAGAAAUACCCCGACUAAAAUGUCCGGUGAUAUGGAAUAUGACAAAUCUAGUCAUUCUCUAGAAGUAACGGAGGAAUAUGGAAACAUGGAGAUAUGGUUAGAUGCUCAUCCAGAAUUUGUGCAUGACUAUUUUGCCAGAAAAGCAAAAAAGAGCAUGGUAGAUGGAUGGCUCUUAUCACAUGCCCUUGCACAUAGUCCGUCGCUUCAAUUACCUGGAGAUAACAAUUCUAGUGGUUCUAAUUCAAGGAAUAAUUCUGGGACUAAUACCCCAGUUAGGAAGAUCUCAGCCCAAGAAUUUGACCGUGGGGACACUUUAGAUCCAAUAAUUUCAACUAUUGACGGCACUCCGACAUUCUUAGGACCUUCUACCAGUUGCCAGAGUUUGUCUUCAAAAUGUCACAGACGUUCAAGAAGUGAAUUAAAGGCUUUAGACGAAAAAGAGUUGAUGUACGAACUUGUAAUAGAUAUAUGCAAUGAUUUAGACGUAACAAGUUUGUGUCAUAAAAUUCUACAAAACGUAUGUUGCCUGCUAAAUGCUGAUAGGUGUUCUUUAUUUCUGGUACAUGGAAGGGAGUCCGAGGAACGUUAUCUUGCACCCAAACUGUUUGACGUAAGUGCGGACACCACAUUACAAGAAGUGUCCGAAAAUCGUGGACAGUCAAUUAAAGUUCCCCUUGGAACAGGAAUAAUUGGAAAUGUUGCGCAGACAGGGGAGCCACUAAAUAUUCCGGAUGCUUACAAGGACCCAAGAUUUAAUAAUGAAGUAGAUAUGAAGAUGGGUUACAAGACAAGGAGUAUACUGAGUAUGCCUAUAAAAGAUUGUUCAGGGAAGGUUAUUGGUGUAGCUCAGGCUGUCAAUAAGAUCAGUAUACAGGAAGAACCAUUUGAUGAACAUGAUGAAAAGGUGUUUGGCUCAUAUCUUGCAUUUUGUGGUAUUGGACUAAAGAAUGCACAGCUGUAUGAGAAAUCAUUACUAGAAAACCGAAGAAAUCAGGUGCUGUUAGACUUAGCUCGUGUGAUAUUUGAAGAGCAGAGUAAUGUUGCCAACCUGAUAUACAAGAUUAUGAUGCAUACCCAGUCCCUAUUACAGUGUGCUCGAUGUCAGGUCAUGCUCAUCGAUGACAUAAACGUGAUGGAUCUGUUUCACACAAAAUUAGACAAAGACAAAAAGUCAAGUGAAAAUCUAGAUAAAAAAUUUACGGCAAAAAACAGAGAUUUUCAUCUAAAACGCAAAGUGGUGAAUGUUUAUAAUAGAGGUAGUUUUUGUCAGGUGUUUGAUUUGGAACAUACAGACUUUGACAAUAGUGAUACCUUCAACAGAGAAUGGCCAGCAGAACCUCGUUUUCCUAUCCAUAUUGGUAUUUCUGGUCAUGUGGCAGCUACCGGACAGACUUUAAAAAUACCAGAUGCAUACAAAGAUAAAAGAUUUGAUCCAAAAGUUGACGAGGAAACUAAGUACAAGACCAAAUCAAUACUUUGUAUGCCAAUUAAAAAUGCUCAGGGUCGUGUCAUUGGUGUGGCACAACUCAUCAACAAACUUGACGGGUCAUCAUUCAACAAAAAUGAUCAGAAUCUCUUUGAGGCCUUUGCAAUAUUUUGUGGUAUGGGUAUAGACAAUACACAAAUGUAUGAGAAAGUAAUGAGAGCUGUUGCUAAGCAACAAGUGGCACUGGAGUGUUUGUCCUAUCAUGCGUCAGCACCAGCAGAUGAUGCCAAGAGAUUAACAAAAAUGCCCAUACUCACAUCUCAGGAAUAUGGUUUAUUAGAUUACUCAUUCAUAGAUUUUAAUCUUGACGAUGAUGACACACUGAAAGCUAGUAUCAGAAUGUUCCAAGAUCUCAAUUUAGUGGACAAAUUCAGAAUUAACUAUGAGACAUUAUGUCGAUGGUUAUUGAGUGUGAAGAAGAAUUACCGGAAUGUGACAUAUCAUAACUGGAGGCAUGCUUUCAAUGUGGCACAGACAAUGUUUUGUAUGCUCAGGGUAGGACAAAUGGACAAUGUUUUGACAGAUUGUGAAAGACUAGCCUUAAUGGUUGGCUGUUUAUGUCACGAUUUAGAUCACCGAGGGGUCAACAAUCAGUUCUUAAACAGGUCCAUGUCUCCAUUAGCAGAAUUAUAUUCCACAUCCACAUUAGAACACCAUCAUUUUGAUCAGUGUAUUAUGAUACUCAGUACAAAGGGAAAUGAUAUUCUUAGUAGUUUAAAGCCAGACGAAUAUGAACGGGUUAUACAGUUAUUAGAAAGUGCCAUCUUGGCCACAGACUUAGCGCUGUAUUUUAAAUUUAGAGGUGAAUUUUUCCACUUAGUUGAAGAUAAACAAGCAGAUUGGAGCAAAGAAAGUGAUAGAGGUUUACUCAGGUCCAUGAUGAUGACAGCAUCAGAUGUGUCAGCUAUUACAAAACCAUGGGAAGUACAGAGAAAGGUUGCAGAAUUGAUAGCUAAUGAGUUCUUUGAACAAGGAGAUUUAGAAAAGAUACAGUUAAAGAUAACACCAAUGGAUAUGAUGAACAGAGAAAAGAAAGAGGAGUUACCUAGAAUGCAGGUUGGAUUCAUCGAUGCCAUUUGCAUGCCAGUAUAUCAGGCAAUUGCAAAGGUGUCCCCCAAAUUAUCACCUCUCUUAGAUGGUUGUGCUAAAAAUAGAGAUAACUGGUUACAAGAAGCACAAAGUAAACAUGUUCAGGACCAGUGUGGAAGGGAAAAUGAAAGUAAAGAUUUAUGUGAAAGUGAAAGAAAAGACAGAAAAAGGAGUAAUGGCCAUGAUGAAAAAAUGGAUGUUAGCUGAUGACAACUCCUGUUCUAUUUAUUGCAUUUAGUCCCAUUUUCUUCUCAGAAUUCCAUAGUUUUUUGUAAUAAUAUAAUUAGUACAAGUAUUUAAAAUGGCAUUAGAAGUUAGAUUCUUCCAAAUAUUUUAUUUAUAUAGUCUAAUCAGUUCUUUUAUCAUCUUACGUGUAAAGGUGAUUGUUAAAAACCUUUUGCAUUUAUCUUUUGUCUCAAAGAGAGACAACUCUUACUGGAUCUAGAUUUUAUUUUCAUAUAAAACAGAGUUAUCUGUUCAUUGCUAUAAUUUUUCUUUCAUUUAUUCUGAUUACAGUAAGAUGAUAAGAUAUGACUGUUGGAUCAUCCUUAACUUUAUAUUUAUGCAAUAUUUUGAUACAUUUAUAAUCAUCUAAUAGUGAGAGAACAUUUUCUUUCAUUAGAAUGCCUCAUAUGUAAUGGAGGGUAUAUCUCUUGGCAAUGCAGUUAUUACUCAGAAUAUCUACCUAAAACUAUUGUUGAUAUCUACCUCUUUUUUUGUUGAUUUCAUUUUUUUACCUCAUUGAAUUGGGGGAAACAACUAUAUACUAUUGAAAUAAAACCACACAAUCAUUUAGUUAGAGCUAGUCUACAUUACAUAGUGACUUGGUUAAUACUUUUAGAAAACAUUGAAAAUAUUCUUUUCCAAGUCUUGCCUCAUCUUUGAAAACAAUAGAUCAAUUUUAAAAUAGUUUUCAGAAAAAAAAAUGUUUUAAAAAAAUGACUUCCCUUGUAGGUAAAGCUGUCUCGAAUCAUAUUUUGAGUGUUAAGACCAUUCUGGUGUUAACUUGACACCAAGCUUCAUUAGGUUAUGCUACUCUGUGUUCAACAUUUUAGGUUUCUUUCAUUUUCUACCUCCUUAUUGUAGAAAUACUAUUUUUGAAGCUGAUCAAAUUACAAAUGAUUCUGAAAUUUUGGUGAAACUACAAGUCACUUUGAGCUGGGUAUAAUUUUGAGCUUUAAUUUAGAUAUAUUCAAAGUUGAUUAAUACCUGCUUUAAUUAAUAAAAGAACCAAAAUUAUAAGAGAAAAAGAUCAAAGUUAGUUUAGUUAUUUGAUUUAAUUAAGAUGUCAAUCCUGCAAAGAAAUCUUCAAUUCUAAAUAUGAAGAAAAUGAUCUGGAUUGAAAAAUUUCAGUUAUUUCAAAAUUAUUCAUCCACAUCACACAAGUUUCUUCCGUUUUUUUCUCUUACCUCUAAGUCUGUGGUACGUUUAAAAUAUAUGUCGAUUUUGUCUGACAAGGCUGUUGAUGGUAAAUCCUGAAAAAGUUGUUGCCAAAGAGAGAAAAUGAAUGAUCAUAAUUUAAUCUUGACAAAGGCAACAUAUUCAUAUUUAAAUUCAGUGGCGAAUCCAGAAAUUUUCAUAAGUGGGGGCCCAUUGACUGACACAACUUUAGUUUUAUGAAUACAGAAAUUUUAUAUUUUUAAUAUGGCAACAUUAGGAUAAUCUACAUUAGAUUUGUUCAUAGAGUUUUCAUAUUACAUAUCCAUAGACCAUACUGCAAUUGUUUAAUGCAUAAUUUAAUGUAGAAGAUUAACUGUGAUAUUAUUGUAAAUACAGAUUUUUAUGUCAUGUGUAAAUUUUGAAUGUAAAGUAGUGUAGAUUAGUUAUUUUUAAAGGAUCUCCUAUUUUUUUUUAAUCUUUGUAUAAAGUGACAAAAACAUAGAAUUUAUAGAUCAAUGAAACAGCAAGUAAUUAAAUAUUAAUUUAUGAU